AUGUCGUCCAACAAAUUCCUUUACGGUGAGACUAUCAAUAUAAACCCCGGUCGAUAUGCUCUCAAAGAGCGCAAACUCCGAGUCAUCUGCAUAGGAGCAGGUAUAUCUGACAUAAUUCUCGCACAUAAACUGAAACAUAAGCAUCCACUUGAUUUUGUGGAUUUCACAAUCUACGAAAAGAAUUGCGAGGUUGGUGGUUCAUGGUUUGAGAAUGUCUAUCCGGGCGUUGGAUGCGAUGUCCCCGCCCACAACUAUGUCUUACUAUUCGACCCCAAUCCGAACUGGUCCAAAUGCUAUAUUGGUGGUGGCGAAAUUGAGAUAAAGCUCAAGCAGAAUGGCACAAUCAUCUAUGAUGAAGCAGACGUUCUUAUCAAUGGUUCUGGUGUUCUCAACCCAUGGAACAUACCGGACAUCGCCGGUUUGGAGGCGUUUACUGGAAAGCUUGUCCACACAGCAGUGCUACUUGGGACAAAACUCAUCGGUGACGGCUCAUCUGGUAUCCAAGUUGGUCCUGCGCUCCAGCCCAAGGCCGCAAGGAUCGUCAAUUAUGUUUGUCACCCGACCUGGGUGUCGGUCAAUCUCUCCCCAAACAUCACAAAGGAUAGAAUGAGAGCGAACUUGAGUAUAGCGAAGAAGAGAAAGCGAAGUUCCGAGAUGAUCCCUAAGCAUUCCUGGAGCACAGGAAACGGGCUGACUGCUCACCUGAUCGACAAGCUAAUCCCUAAGUUCGAAAUUGGAUGUCGCAGACUGAGUCUUGGUGAUGGGUACCUCGAAGCGCUACAGCAAUCAAAUGCUAAAUGGUGUUUUGAAGGCAUUGAGGAAAUUACCAAGACCAGCAUUCGCACUGCAGCAGGCGAAGAGGAAUGUGACUUAAAUGUCUGUGCGACUGGCUUUGAUACCACCUUCGUCCCCGGGUGGGAGGGUCGACGGCUUGAUGUGGAGUGGGAGAAGGUAUCCCGAGGCACAUGGCAGCGUACCCAAGACGAUCAGUUGAACUGCUGA